AUGCUCACGACAAGAAUGCCGCAUUUCACGCUGGUACUACCCCCCGCACUGAGUGGGCAGGAGGACGCGGUGCUGCUGCGCCACGCACUGCAGUGCGGCACCAAGCUGUGGGGCGAGCUGGGGAGGAGCGGGCAGCUCAAGAGGAGCAACAAGUCGUGCUGUAACCGCUACAUCUUCCUCCGAAGUGACCACUUUCGCCAGCACUUCCUCCAAGAGCACCUCCAAGCCAUUGGACGCCCCCACCACUUUUCGUUUCACCGAGACUGUCAGCCGCUGCUCUGCCAGGAUUUCAGUCAGCAGCAGCAGCAGCAGCAGCAGCAGCAGCGUUUGGAGGGCGAGGGUGCAGGUGCAGUGACGUUGGGAGGGCUGUCGUUGGACGAGUGCAUGAUGGUGUUCUUCGCCCCCAAUGCACGCCGCCCACCAGCCCCAACCAACCUCUUAUCUCUCGCUACCCCUCCUGCUUCCCACGCUCCUCCUCCUGCUCUCCCCGCUCCCCCCGCUCCUCCUCCUGCUCCCCCCGCUCCUCCUCCUGCUCCCCCCGCUCCUCCUCCUGCUCCCCCCGCCCCUCCUCCUGCUCCCCACGCCCCUCCUCCCACUUCUCGCACCGCGGCCUUCUCUGCUGAGCCUGCUUGUAUCACCAACUUCCCGUUCCCCCAUGAUGCCUUCCCGGUCGCAGCGGCCUCCGACGCCGCUGGUCUGCGUAGUCCCUUGAAGCGACCACGUAGCGAGUGCCCAGGGGUGGGGGUAGACCAGCCGCUGCUGGAUGCACGUGAGAACGGGUUGCUGCGAGACGGGUUUCUGCGAGGCGGGUUUCAGCGAGGCGGGGAGGUGUGUAGCAUGGAGCGCUACGGUCAGUCAGUGGCGGAGCAGUUCCAGCAGCACGGGGAGAGCAGCUGCAUGCAGGCAGCUGAAAACGCCCUUCUGGAUGCCCUGCUGCUAGGGGAGGACCAGCAGCAGCAGCAGCAGCAGCAGCAGCAGGGAGGAAGGAGGAACAGGGCGCAGCGGGUGUUGUGGCCGCGCAUUGGGUCGGAGAGUGCUCUUCCAGACGACGUGCUGCUGGGAUGCACCAGCGAGGGCCCUGCUGUCAUGCACCGUGCUGCUCUCUCUGCUCCUCCGCCCACCCAGCCACGCUCAGAGCUGCCACCGCCGAUGUCCCCCCAAGUCGCUGCUCCGCCUGGCUGCGCUCCCUGCAUUGGCGAUUUCAAUCCCUGCUGUGGGAAUUUCGCUUACUGCAUUGGGGAUUUCAGGGACAUGAGCAGCUGCAAUGCAGAACCACUCGCGUGGAAGAGUUGUGGCACUCAGGAGCAGGAAGCUGUGGAUGCUGGGCCUCAGCAGCAGGUGCUGGCAGCAUCUGGUGCUGCUGGGGCAGCCCUGCCCGAGUGGAUGGUGGAGCAGGGAGGGAUCGGGGAGGCAGGCGCUCAGCCACACAGGCAGCAGCAGCAGUAG